AUGCAGACUCUGCAACCCACCACUUCAGCGUUGCGUUCCAAAGAGCAUGGCUUGCGCUCGCUCUCCUCAUCCAUCUCUUCCUUGCCCGGCGCGCCGCUCUCCCCGAAUUCGUCCACUGUCCUGCUACCGCGGGAUCUUCACAAUGCCUCCGACUCGGCCCAAGCGCUCUACUCUCGAGCAGCGAGAGCUUUCUUGCAGCGCAGCCACGCCAGUGCUCUCUUGACCAGCCAAGCUGCUCUGGACCUGCUCAACCAAGGUACAGAGUCGCCGCGAGAUGCAGAAUUGACACAAGUAUUGGAAAGGCUGUUGAUCUUGCGAUUGACAAUCUUUGCCACACUGUAUGAGCCGCGCAAUCCUUCUGGCGCUCCCAUCCUCGAGGCAUUAAAAAGGCAGUCCUCUCAAGCCUCGCAACAGCUCCAACAUCGACUUGGCUUGCCUGUGGAAGACUUUCUGCUAGAGCUGUGGAAGGAGCCGCUGGAGGCAUACCAUCCUGAUUUGAUCUCGCACUGGAGCCAGCUCGACUCUUUGGACCCUUCGCCUAGCACGCUGCGCUCCCCCCUCGACCUGCCGGGGGGUUUGGUUGCUGCUGCCAUCAUGAGCGCACUGCGGGUGGAUGGCGCUCAUACAGAUAGCGAACCCAGCGCGAAUUCCAACAGGGUCAUUUCGCGCAAAGAGACGGCCUCCAGAAAUGCGGCUUCGCUCUCGGGUCUGAAAGCAGCCAGAUCGAUCUGCGAAUGGGUUCUGGCUGCCCACUCUGCUCCCCUGCUAGGGGACGAGCAAAGUGGUAUGAGCGUCAAGGCUCUCCAAGCGAGACAGGAACAACACGACCGCGUUCUGGAACUGUACACCCUGCAUGUACUCGGAGCCAGAGCGGGAGAAUGGGACUACGCUGAACAGCUUAUCAGCUUGUCUGGUGGCGAAGAUUCGCAGAGCAAAGAGGUGAGCCAGCUGGAAAGUGAAGCUCUGAUCAGGUCGGAGAUCUGGACUUGCCAGCAUAUAUUUGCUCUCGGAGCUGACGAUGCUGAUCCGAUGCUGUCUCGACGGGGAUUAGGCACUGCUGCACCGGCUCUAUGCGGCCAAAGACCACAUAGCUUCUCGCCCGGAGCGCAGACGGAUCGCGUCAGAAGCAGCGACACGAGCAUACGAAGCGGAAAAGGCGCGCCGAGCUUCAGAGUCGAAGGCUGUUGCUGCUACAGGAGCCACUGCUGCCGCUGCCUCUAUGCCCUCAUCCGCUAGUGCAUCCUCCAGCAGGGCUCGGCCGGAGAGAGCUGCCGACGAAGGCGAAGGCAAAAGGAGGUUCAGGCGCCUAAGUAGCUCAUCUGGGGCCAGCGCGCGCUCUUCUGCUGCCGAGGCGGACGUCGAACGUCCAUCAGAACGGCGACCUCAGCCACAGCGGUCCGCAUCGUCCCAAGACGGUUCGAGCAGGGCUGAGCAGAAAGCAGCGGCGAAGCCAUCCUCCUCCUCCGACUUUGCAGCUCGACGAUCAUCUGUGAGAGACUAUCUCGCGCGUGGUCACGAGCGGGUUUCGACGUUGAAUCGCUCCAGAUCUCUGUCGAGCUCGCAAUCCACGAACCCUCAAACAAGCAUCCUACAGCUCUUCAACCGCUUUGCACAGAUGCUAAAGACUCAUCCGAUGGCUGCUGUUCGAUGGGUAGGUGUCAUCCUGGUGGCACUGAGCAUACUUCGGAACGCUGCUGCGUAUGCCACUUCGCUGCGAGGCGUCGGAGGGUCGGGCCAUGCGAGAAGAAUUGCGGGCAGCACGACCGAAUCACAAUCAGGAGGCGGCGGGAAUAGCAGACCUGGAUUGGUCCGAUUGGCCGCUGCUAAGCUUUGGGAUACCAUGCGCAUGUGAGUAACACUGUUCGCAUCCGGCUGAGAUUAGCGCUUCCAGCUGAAACACAUCCCGAUACUGAUCACAGGGGCACACAAGUCACGUAUUUGUAG